AUGCGACAGCUGCUGGCGAGUUAUAAGAUUCAGAAUGAACAAUUGAAGGCAGAGGUGUCGAGGUUCAAACGCAAAUGGAAGGAAGCUGUUUCUUCCAUUGCUAAGGUGCAAAAAGAGCUGGAACAGGAAAGAAAAGCGAAAGUCAACGCCAUCUUGGUCCCCCUUACAUCAAGUGCCGUCGAGGACAACGAAAAGGAUAUGUCGCCAGAGGAGGGCAAGGAACCGGGUGAAUUGGAUGAGUCGGACGUUGAAGACGAGGCGACACGCAAUAAGGAUUACGAGUACCGUAUUUCUGAGCUUAAAAAAAGGAUUAGAAAGUUACAGAAGAAAUAUCGCGCAUCCCAAAUAACCAUGGAUGGUUUUCGGCACGUAAGCAACUGCGAAAAAGAGAUUGUUGAGGUUCUUAAAGAAGUUAAGCUUGAAAAUCAUCGAUUGAGAUCCCAUAUUAGAAACGCAUUUCGGAAACGGGCCAAGGAAGGCUCUCUGGACGAAGCCAAUAAACACGCCAAAAGGCUCGAGGAACAACUAGAACGUUUGAAGAAAGAUGUUACGAUCAGCAAACAGGAAGAAGAGACGCUGCUGAAAGAACUGGAAGUAACUGGACAAGCUUUUGAAGAAAUACAAGAACAGAACGGUCGUCUGAUGCAGCAACUCAGCGAGAAAGACGAUGCCAAUUUUAAACUGAUGUCUGAGCGUAUACGGUCGAAUCAACAACAGAAGUUACUUCGGGAACAAAUAAAUUUAAUGGAGCAGGAAAAGGCUGCUUUAGACAAUCAGUACGAAGCACAAGCUGUGGUUGUCCGUAACCUCGAAAUGAAAGAACGCUUAUUGGAGGAUCUGAAUUCGAGCUCAGAGAAGGAAUUGGCUCUCAGGUACAAGGCCAUGGAAGAAAACAGGAAAAAAGCAAUGGAGUUGGCGCAGAUGGUAGUCGAUCUGAAAUUUCAAGUCGAGAAACUGACUUCUGAAGUUGCUGACGCUAAAGAGAACCUUCUAAUUAAGACGGCGGCACUAGAAGACGAAACUUUCAAGACGCGUCGAUUGGAAGAUGAAAUGUCGGUUUUGCGGAAAAGGUUGGAACGACUGAGGAAAAUGGAAAAGGGAAGCGCAACUGACGAGGUUCUUCUUGAAGAAGUGCGAUCCCUUAAAGAGCAGCUGACUUGUCCGAGCUGCAAGGUGCAACGCAAAGAUGCCAUGCUUGCUAAAUGUUUUCACGUUUUUUGUAUGUCGUGUCUAAAAACUCGUUACGAAACGCGGCAGAGAAAGUGUCCAAAGUGUAACUGUGCUUUUGGAGCA